CUACUAUCGAAACACUAUUUUGACAAGUCCGGCGCCCACGAUUGCCCGUUUUAUGAUCGACACAGGCGAUCGCCGGCGUUGACUAACAUCAGGGAUCCCAACUCGACCCGCCGUCUGGUACUCCGUAUAGGGCUGCGGUGCCUUGCGUCCAUCACCCAGGAAAUGCCCGUGACCCCCCACGAUCUAGUCGCAGUCACCACCACCAUUUCCACCCAGCCUACCCCAGACUCCCUCUGAUUCACCCCCAGCUCCUCUCGCCUUCCGUCUCUUCCUCUGAAUCACCCUGCCGGGCAUCAGCACGAUCGGAUGGAGAUGGACCUUCAAAAGACGAAGGAGGCCCGGCGGGACACGCCGGGCAAGCAGGACGACAGCCCGGAAUGCCCCCUGGAGGCCUACGGAGCCGGCGGCCAUGCGAAGGACUCCCCGAAGAACGAUUCCCUGGACCACCGCCGCGAUGCGAACCCCAGCCAAGAUCCCACCCAUGCGCAUGCGCGCCAGCGACGUCCGCCGGCGCACUUUCCCUACCAGGAAGACGCUCCCCCGACGGUGUCGCCGUCCAUCCACGCCGCAGCCCGGCCUCUUGUGCCCUCCCCGCAGGCGAUGAACGUCCCCGAGGCCUUGGACCUCAGCCCGAGAGAGCACCGGCUGCUACUGGCGGCCAAACGGUACCCGCCGGUCACGAAGAGCACGCUCAGCGAACUGGACCUGCCCUGCAUCAUGAGCAACAUCAAUCUUCGGAUGGAUGCCAACUUCGAUCGCGACCUGCAUUUCAAGCCCGACCUGGACGGCGAAAAGGGCCGGCGGAAACGCAAGGAGGCGGCGGACUACUGGGAGGCCAUGGCGGUUGAAAUCGCCAUCUACGCGGUCGGCGCAAAACACGAAAGGAGCCAUCUCGGGGAGAGUGCCCCCAGUGUCCCACAGCAGUCAUUCGAGCCUCGCCUUCCCGCCAUGUUCGAGACCCUGCAAGACGUCCUGAAAACGUUGGUGCCGGAGCGCGAUCACCCGGGCGUGGUGCAGAACCUCGAAGUGACGCUCCUGAUGCAGCAGAUCCAGAAGGGGGUGCUGGACAUGGUGGGGGUGGCGACCUGGCUGGCGACGCUGCUGAAGACGCAUUGCGCGCCCAUGCGCGACGAAUGGGCGGAUCAGAUGGUCGAGCAGAUCCGAUCGGGGUCGGAACUACAGAAUCCCAUCGAGAUUGUGGGCGGGCUUCAAACGCUAUUCUCCAUUCUCGAAGCGAUGAAACUGGACGUUGCCAACCACCAAAUCCGCGCAUUCCGCGUGCUGCUGAUCGAAGACACGGUGCCCUUUCUCCAGGAGUAUUUCCGCGGCAAGAUCGACCGGGACAACUUCCGCGUCGAGUCGUCGCGCCGGUGGUAUCUGGAGGUGCGCGAGCGAGAACUGCGCCGCCUGGAGAAGCCCACGCCGACGGAGGGCUUCUGGCCCAUCUCGCUCCUGUUCCGCGGAGUGUCCGACUUCCUGCUGCAAUUCCACACCCCCGACGCCUUCCCCGAGACCUUUGUGUUCGACUCCGACCGGUUGUGGCAGCUGCGGUCGUGUCUGCAGAACCUGAUCAACCUCGACAUAUGCUGGUUCAUCUUCGAGUCGUACAUCAACGCGCAGAAACGAUACCUGUCGGCGCCCGCGCAAACGUACGCGACCUUCCGCACGCGGAUCGGGUCCCUGAUGGAGGAGAGCGACGAGUGCGCGCGUGGGUCGCCCGUGUGGCUGAAGAACGUGCGGUGCAUUGCGCUGGAGAUCGCGCGGUUCGCGUGUGCCGCGUGCUGCCGGGAGGCGACGGUGUCGGACGAGGUGAUCGCGCCGAUCGAGACGGCGCUGGAGUGGCACCUGUCGAACGAGUCGGGGCUGUUCCAGUACUUCCAGAGUUCGCUGCGCGAGAAGCUGCUUGCGGCGACGUGCGCGACGGCCAAACGGUACCUGAACAUGUCGCCGCUGGCGAUCUGCGAGUCGCAGCGAAACUAUCCGCAGGCGCCCAUGUCGCAACAGCACUAUGACGUCGAGCGGAUCUCCAUGCGCCUGGCGCACAUGGGCGUGCUACACUGGAAGGUUUGGGCGCCGAUUCUAUACGUGCGCGAGAGCGUGUCACCGAGUGACGUGGCGAUCCUCAGUCCGCCGCCGCCGCGGGCUGUAGCCCAUCAUGACGUGGCACGCUCGUCGACUUUUUAGAAUGCUUGCUUGCUUUUUUUUGUUGCGAUUCUGGAAAAUGGCUUCGAACCGUCCGUCCAUGUCCGUGUAUUUGUGACGGGGAACCAUCUGACUGGCAGGGGGGAAGGAUGGCGCUGGGUGGAGUUUUUUCUUUCUGUCUUUUUUUUUUUUACGUUCUGAUUGCAGUUCAGCGUGUUGCAUAAUGGGUCGAUCACAGACAGGUCACGGCGUCCACAUGGUGGGAAUGGGCAUAUCAUAUAUACUUGACUUGACUUGCUUAAUGGCAAUUGAAUUGGUGUUGGGAUUGGGGAGCAGUGCAGGAUAGAGAGCGAUGUGACUGCUACUGAUGCUGGAGGUUGUACUGCCUACUUGCAGCUUACUGAGAGCUUACUGUGCGGCACUGCGCUGGCGAUGUUCAAACUUCCAACUUCAAUGCGAU